AUGGGGAGGGAAAAGCGAAAAGCCACCCUUUCCGCUGGAUUCAGCCGGUCAAAGGAAAGGCGUCGGCGAGCCCAGAAAACCCUACUUGAUCCGUUGGCGCCCGUUCCUGAGGGUUUGGUGGCAAAGCCAGCCGUUCCAAAGUCCAAACAUUAUACUUACUUUGAGUUCGUUGAGAACAAAGACAAGAAGAAGAAGAAGCUUGAGUACCAGAUUACUUCCGACAAGACUCCGCCCCCCGGUUUCGAGUUUGUUCCCAUCGGUAACCCUGUGUUAACGUCGGCGUGCAAAGAACUUUCCCGGGAGAAAGAUGCCAUGAUUUUCAUAGUUUCGAGUGUUGCUACCAACAGUCUUUCACAGCAGGUCAACCGACUCGGUCACCAUGUGAGGGAGACCAUUGUGGAAGAGGCACGGCAGACUAUAGCGGAUCUGCCGCAGUCCGGUGCCAUGACUCCAGAUGGAAAGCCAGAGCCAAUUCCCGAGUGCCAGGUGGAAUACCAUGCCCAAGCUGAUGCCGCCCUUCGUGACCUUUUCCCUCGCAUACCCAAUACUGAUCGUCAGAUUAUCAUCGAGCAUGCUUUUACUCGGCGCGCAAGCGGAAAAGGAGAGCAGCCUGUUGGAUUCUCUGACGAUAUUCCUCUGGCCCGACGUGUUCAACUGGCAGUUCUUGCUCAUAUCCGGCACAGCCACACGAGAUAUGAUGACCUCCUGAAGGAAGCGGGCUGGCAAGCGGCUAGAAAAGCCGUGGAAGAGCUAUGCCUUGACAUUCUCGUCAAGUGGCGAGGAGAUGAGGAAACCGGCCGCGACCAGUUGGAUGAAAUUCUACGUGAAGUGGUGAUCAUUUCCGACUCCGAGGAUGGCGAGUCGGAUGACGAAACGAGCGAUGGAUCAUCCUCUGAAGAAUCGGGCUCAUCCGCUUCCGUGUCGAUAACCCAACCGCCAAACCCAGGAUUGCAGAACUCAGUCGUAGGGACCGAUCCGGUUUCAGCUCCUGCCACAAGGACAGCCAGGAACUUGGUACAGGCCACAGGACAAAGCUCAGCGCAGCCCACGGAUGCCAGUCCAAAACCCCAACGCAAGAAUCAGCGUGGUUUUAAGAGAUACUACCGUGCUUGGCAGGAAGCAAUCUUGCGCAGCCGUGAGCCGGGAGAAAGCAGCUCCGGUUUCACCACGACCGAUGAUGCCGAAUACGAUCCCAUGCACCCGCAGAUCUACACUGGACAUGGUGAAGCUUGUUGGCCUCAACCCAUGGCGCAUAAUGUCUUCCCAUAUGAGCGGCCCGCUCCUUUCGUUGGGUAUCAGGUAAGUAAUGGCCGCGAUAACAGGAUCUCGCCGUCAUAUCCUCGUCCUGUUGAUUCCACAUGUUUUGCCAACCAUGCUGGAGAAGCCCAACCGGGUCGUAACGGCUUGGCUGCGGCUGCAUCGUAUGAGGACCAGGCUCGUGGCCCAUCUGCCUCAUCUAGGAUCUUGUCUCCUAACACUCAUCGGCUACGAGAUGUACUCGUGCCGUCAAUCGAGCCCGCGUCUCCGGAAACUAUGAAGCCAGCCUUUAUAAGGACCGUGCCACCAAGGAAUCAGGAAUCAAUGGACCACGUAGUCUCUCAGACACAGGGCUUAUUCUAUAAAAUCAGGAGUCUGUCGCCGAGGGACCCCUUGCCGCGCAAUGCUCCCGGCCAAAGCAGUCGUCGAGUAGUCAGCGACCAUGCGGCCCAAAUGGUACGAACUGGUGACUUUGCACCUGAAGGUCCCUUUUACGCGCCCCGGGAUGCCGCGGGACACCCGAAUGUGCAGAGGCACCGCAUCAGCGUCGGUCCGCCUCCUUCGGACUGGAGUAGACAACACGACCAGCCCGGUCCUUCCGAUGCUCACAGGGCUAACAGGAUCGUUGUAAAUGCUUCCAGGCCAGGGACACUAUUGAACCCCAUUCUUAUGGAGGAUCGCGGGGGAUUUUUCGAGAGGGUUGCCCUAGUGCCAGAAUCAAGAGCGUUUCAUAACGAAGGUAACAUGGUGCCGUCACAGCAGGAGCCUUUUACAGCAACGCAGUCGUACAGAGUGGUAUCUUCCACAGAUGGAGCCAGCAUGCUGCGCGGCCAUCACGAUCAGGCAGGCAGUGAUGUAUUCCCAGCUUCGCGAUCAGGUCCGGCAGGUCCGGCAGGUCCGGCAGGUCCCUCCUACAGUUCAGGAUAUCAAAACCACCAGCCAUACUCCCACGGCCCUCCCAGGUUCACCCGCAUGAACCCUUACGAGCCGUCCUCAGCUGGUAUGGAGGCCGGAGAUCAACAUAUGCCGGGCCAGCACCCGGCACGCAGGAGGCCAGCCCAGCAGGGGCGAAGCUUACCUGCAGCAGAGGCGCCUCCUCAGAACCAGCCGGCUUCUUACCGCCCGAACCAUGGUAAGCGACCAGCUGAGGAUGACCACUACAGUAGUACGCGGAGAUCGCGACCCAAGUCCCGACAAGCCGAUAGCAUAAUUGUCCUUGACUGA